AUGCAAAAUCAUUUGAGUCACACUUUUAGGGGAAAUGACGAACGGUCUCCUGAUGAUGCGUUUACGAAAGCGAGGGAGGUGUUUACCACCGCGGCGACGAAUGAGGAGGACCCGUCGUCGUCGUCGUUUUAUCGCGACGAAGGGGCGUCCUCCUCUCGAAUUAAAUCUCUGGAAGCGAUUUUACGCGCGUUGGGAGAUCGAAACGCGCGCUUAUCGGAGACAAAUGCAGAGUUGAAAGAGGAAUCAGGAAAGUAUAAGCUGGACGCGGAUCGGAUCGCGGAACGAUUCGCGAUGGUUUCGGAGAGAUUAACGGUUGCAGAGAGAGAAAGGGGAGAUAUUUUGGAACGCGCGAGCGCGUUGUCGGAAGCGUACGACGCGCAAACGUCCGAGUGUAAACGGAUGGAGAGAGAAAACGAAGGUUUGCGACGCGACGAGGAAAGAGAUAAAAAACGCGCGCGCGAGUUAGAAGGAGAGAAGAGAGAGUUGGAACAAGAGUUAAACGCGAGUAAAUUGGAUUUAGAGACGCUCAGGGAGAAGUACGCGAACGCGCGAGCGGAUUUAACGGUCGUACACGCGGAAUUAGACGCGUACAAAUGGAAAAUGGAAGCCGCGAACGCUAAAAUAGAAACGUUGGUUCGCCGGCGCGACGCGUUCAACGGAUUGGACGAGGAUUACCGCGACGACGACGACGACGACGAAAGAAAACAACAACAACAACAACAACAACCACCGUUAAUUCCAAUCUCCCCGGCGCUCGUCAAAGGCACGCAAACGAAGAAAUCGUCCUCUCGUCAGAAGACCGCUACUUCCACGAAUACCGAAGUCGUCGACGACCAAUCCUUCGUCCUCCAACACAACAACGCAAAACUUCUCCACGAAAACGCGCAGUUGAAACGAGCGCUCGUAAACGAAGAGAAGAUGAAACUCAAAGCGUUGCAGUUGGCGAACGAAGCGAGACUCGCCGCCGCGGACGCGGAGAAAAGAAGCGCGCGACUCGAAGAGGAACUCCAGAUGUACUUGUAA